UAUUGGGGAUAGAUCAAUUCUGGCGCAGUGCACACUCUCUACCCGAUAAUUUUCAACGGCCUACCAAAGUGAUUUCAACAUUUGCGAUCAUCAUCAACAACUGCGACACUUACUAACCCACAACAGCGAGGAAUAAUCUAAUAGGCCUCAGACGCAUUCUCCCAUUGCGCUCUUGACCUAUUUUCAUUCCUCUCUUUCUUUUUCUCUUCAUUCUUUCCACAACUUCCUACCCACAAUCAAAUCACCGUGGUCAUAAUUUGGAAAGAUGUCGUCCUUCGAGCAGGUUGUCGUCAUUGAUGGCAAGGGUCACCUUCUUGGUCGUCUCGCCAGCAUUGUCGCGAAGCAGCUCCUUAGCGGGCAGAAGAUCGUUGUUGUCCGCUGCGAGGCCCUCAACAUCUCCGGCGAGUUCUUCCGCGCGAAGCUCAAGUACCACGCCUACCUUCGCAAGAUGACUCGAUACAACCCUACGCGAGGUGGUCCCUUCCAUUUCCGUGCCCCGUCAAGAAUCUUCUACAAGGCCGUCCGUGGUAUGAUCCCUCACAAGACCUCCCGAGGCGCCGCUGCCCUAGAGCGACUUAAGGUCUUCGAGGGUGUCCCUCCCCCAUACGACAAGCAGAAGAAGAUGGUUGUCCCCCAGGCUCUCCGUGUCCUACGUCUGCAGCCUGGCCGCAAGUACUGCCUUGUCGGCCGUCUCAGCCACGAAGUCGGCUGGAAAUACCAAGGUGUUGUUGAGCGCCUCGAGGAGCGACGAAAGGCGAAGGGUGCUGCCUACUACGAGCGCAAGAAGCUCGCUCAACGACAACUGUCGGAGGCCAAGAAGAGCGCUACGGUCGACAGCAAGACGACCCAGGCUCUGGAGUCAUACGGCUACUAAUUGUUUCUUCGCCCCCUCUGCAUUAUUCCAACCUCCAAAAAUCAAUACCAACAAUCUCCAUACUUGCAACUAGAACCGGCGUGUGGGUUAGGGAAACUUGAUCAUAUUUGCGUUUGUCACAUUGCACAAUUCGAGGAAGGGCAGGGGCGGUCAUAGGGUUGGGAUCAUGUCACCGGCUCCGGUCUCCUGUGUUCUACGAAUUCGUCGCUUAGACACCGAAUGAGAAAAAUGAACUCAAUAAGAAGUACUUGUGAUUUUCCUCCGU